AUGGACGCGGCCAACGCGGCAAGGGUCUCGGUGCAUGACAGUCGCAAGGUCGGUUAUAUUCUGAAGAGAAUUGGUCCAGUCCAACUGACCAGAGACUUCCAGUUCGACAUCCACGAUGUUUGUUCUUUAAAAUCAAAUCCCGCUUUGGUGGGACAUGUCGUUAGAACGCAUUGUGAACUCCAUGAUCGUCAGCCACUAGCUGGUCUUUUGAUCCUCUCUUAUACGUCAGUUCCCAAAGCCGAUGAAACGGAAUUCCUGCAAAGUGGCGUGCCGCCCAAAGGAUACGUCCUCGUGGGUUUUCCCGAGCCGUCACAGGGGCUUGGCCUCAUACACGAAGAUGACCUGAUACUCGUCGACCGUGCCUUAACCCUAGGUCAGAAUGUAAAGCGGCAUGCAAAUGACACGGAGAGCGGCACGGUCAUCAGCGCAUCGGUGAGCUGUAGCCUGGAACCGGUUGCCUGGCGCCCUCUAGACCCUGCAACAGGCGAAUACGGCCCGCUCAGGUUCACCGACCAGCCCAUCCCACGCGAUGGCCCCAAGCCUGAUGGUCCGAAACCCCCACAGGUGCUUGAUGUUCCCCAGUCAGAGCUUGUCAACUACGAGGAGUUCUCCGAGGGUGACUACAUCAUCUACCGGCAAAAGGUCGGCGUCAUUCAUGCAGUAGAGCGAGAUGCGGUCAUUCUUCUCGACGACAAGAAACCCGUGUCCCUGUCGGAUCCAACCUCCCUGUAUGUCCCUGUGUAUAAUGACCCCGCCAAAGUUGUGGCCCUUCACACCAACCCCUCAGCAAUGCCAAUUCGCCCUUUGACCAAUGGUGGGUUUAUCUGGACCUCUCGGUCGAGCAUGACAUUUCCAGGACAAUACGCGUUUACGACUACAAACGACAUGACCCGAGCUGAGAGGGCCUCCCUCGGUUAUGGCCCAGGGUCGACUCCGCAAGGUCAUGUCUUGGCCACGCCGCCAAUGGACAUCCACGUCGACUGGCUUUGCCCGAAUGUCUUUGCCGUGGGGUUGCCGUACACUGGCGCCAACACCGAGAUUCUGCGGGCAUCUGCCUUGCAGGGGAAUGCAAUCAAAUGCGACUUUGGGCUCCUCCCUAAUGAUAACCCCAAUCAAACACUGGUCAAGCCGGAUUCUGGCUUGCGAAUUGGAGACAGAGUCCGUUUCCGUGACCCCAAGGCUGCAGCUGCAAAGUAUCCGUCCUACCAACAGAUCCCGACUGAUGAAUCCUAUGGCCAUGAUAUCAACAUUCUCCGCAUAGCUUCUACCCAGACAGAAGUCACCGUUCAGUGGCAGGAUGGGAGCGUAACGAUCGAACAUACAACCAGUUUGCACAGGUUUUCGGGAACUGACGAUGAGUACUGGCCAGGGAACAUUGUCCUCUUAAAGGACGGCGUGGAGACCUCUCAUCCAUCUGCCUCUGUCCCGCAUAGCCAUGAAAUCUGCGAAACGCUCCGUGCGAGGAAAGUGGGCGUGAUCCAGACGGUCAAUAGCCGGGAAAGAGUCGCCUCUGUACGUUGGUAUAAACAUCCCGAUAUCCAACUGCCCCACAGAGGGAGCAUGCUACAGACGGGCUCGCGACUUGGCGAUCUGGAUGAUGUGGUCACGGAUGUGUCUUUCUAUGAACUCACCACGUACUCUUGCAUGAAGAGGAAACUGGACGAUCUGGUGAUUCUAGCUCCCGAAACCAUUCAUCAGUCUGUGAUGGCACUAUCAAGCCCAGCGCCGCCUUUUUCCACCGGUCCCUGCCACAUGAGCAUGCUAUCACCGAUCUCUUUCUUCGAAGUCUUUCUGUACCUUGAAGCAAUGAAGAUGUCUCUGUUAUCUCUGGACUGGUUUCGAGAGAGCACCAAACUUGAUACAACACCCUUGCCCUCCCGGUAUAGUGUACAUCACGAUGGUUUCAACACAAAAGGCCCCAUUGACUUUCUAGGAAAGAUUGUAUCUAUCGGCUCCAACGGGAUGGCCAGAGUCAGGCUGCUGGAUGCGAGGAACUGCCGCGACAUUAUUGUUCCUUUUGAGCGGAUAAUGAUGGUGCUGGAUGAUGAUUAUAUGUCUCCCUGGCCAUUUCCACCUCUUGACAUGCUCAGUCCUGAUGGGCCAAAUCCGCCUGGCUUCGAUAUAUUCGGGUUAGGUAUAGGAAGCACUCCAUUCUCUGAUAUCGAUGAUGGGUUGUCUGCCGUCCUUGAAGAUGACGAGUGGGUGACAGAAGAUGAUGAAGAUUACGAAGAUUAUGAUGAACUUGACGACGAAUUUGAUGAAGAGGAACUUCCAGGCCUCAUGGAUACAGACGAGAAUCAUCCGCCACAGGAGGUCUCCGAAAUUGCUCCCCCUGACCCAAUAGAGCCCGAGCGGGUGCAGGAGAAGGAAUUCCCCGAGCGCAAAGAAUGCGACUCUAAAGGCGAUGACGCCGGAUCAAUUCUUGCCUCUCAUCUCCCGACUUCCCCUCCCCCAGGAUUUGCUGUGCUCGACACUCUUCCUCCAUCUGAUCACCGUUUCCUUUCUACCAGCUCGCCAGGCACGACCGGCCCAUGGUUCAAGCGUCUCCAGAAAGAGUUUGGAAUUCUUCAAUCCUCUUUGCCGCCUGGGAUAUUUGUUCGAGUGUGGGAAUCGAGGGUGGACCUGGCACGAGUGCUGAUCUUCGGGCCCCAAGGAACCCCAUACGAGCACGCGCCAUUCAUAUUUGACCUGCACUUCCAAGCUAGCUUCCCCAAUGCUCCUCCCACUGUUCACUUCCAUUCCUGGACCAACAGACAGGGGCAGAUCAACCCGAAUCUGUACGAGGAUGGGAAAAUAUGCCUCAGUAUCUUGGGCACUUGGCCGACCGCAAACCCCGAAGAAUCAUGGUCUCCGACACGCUCAACUGUCUUACAGAUCCUGGUCUCCAUCAUGGGGCUCGUGUUGGUGAAGGCACCAUUCUAUAAUGAAGCGGGAUAUGAAGCUCUAGCUGCGGAGGAUAAGAAACGCAUUGAAUCCCACCAAUACACGGAGAAAACAUUCUUGGUCACACGGCGGUUUAUCCAACAUGCUCUCGAACACCCCGUGAAGGGAAUGGAAGACGUUCUUGCGUGGCACUAUCUCCCGGUUGGGGCACCAGGCGAUGAUAAGAAGAGUCCACGGCUGCUCCGACGGACCAUCGAGGAUGCUCUGAGCAUGAUCGAGCAUCACAAUCGCACAUCUGGUGAUGAGGAAGACGGUGAGGAUGAUGUGGCGUCGGGGUUUGUCUCGCGUCUCAGCUUGGGGGCCAUUGUGAUGCUCCGGAAGCAUAUCAGAGCGCUGGAGGAUAUUGAAUCAGGCUUUGUUGGUCGCGAAAGUUCUUAA